AGGAAAUCGUGCCUUGUUUUUUUUCCACGUACUGUUCUAGGAUCAGCGAAAAAGGACGAAAAAGUGAACGGUAGAGUGGCACUAAAAGAAAAGCCAGGCCGAGAAGCGAGAGACAGAGGGCACAGGAAAGGAGAGACCUCCCACGGGAGAACUCCGCGAAUGUAAAAAAAGAAAAGAAAAAGAAAGUAAAAGAAGCAGCGAAGGGUGAAGUGAACACACAAAGGAAGGCGUGACCAGGGCGGAGUGGUGGAAGAAAGGAAGCCCUUGAAGGAGGAAGAGAGGAUGGAACCCAAUACCUGUGGCGUGAGCGAGAUUCCCGGCGGGGCGGCGGCCAAAGCGGAGCACGUGCAGGGGCAGGGCAUGGCCCUGGAGCAGGCCCUGCAGCAGAUGGUGGGGGCGCUGCCACAGAAGGCGCACUGCGAGGGCCAGGGCGACAGACCGAACGGGGCCCCCCACGAAGGGGGGCCGAGCCAGGGGCCGGGCGAGGGGGGCUCCGUCCACAUGCUGCCGUUCGCGGAGGUGGUCUCCCUCCUGGACCCCAACAUGAAGAGCACCAAGGCGCGCAAGUAUGAGAUCCAGUACGAGGAGGUGAAGCGCAGGCUGGACCCCCCGGAGAAGAUGUCCCUGCGCUCACUGGCGGCCUACACCCGCGUGAGCCGCGGCCCCGCCAGCAAGCGCACCCUGCUGGAGUCCCUGCAGCCCUUCGGCCUGGCUCCCAGCGCCAACACCGCCGUCUCCAGCUCCUUCUCCAAGCUCACAGAAGGAGACACGGCCGCCCUCUGCAAGGACAUGAGGGACUUUGCUGCCCAGUACAUGAAUUACGAUGCAAUCGUGAAAACGCUGCUCCCUGAGACCAACCAGGUCCAACACUGGUCAAAAAUCAUUGAGACAAGGAACUAUCUGGAGGACAUGAGGAAGUGCUUCCACGACCCGUCGAACAGCAGGACGUUCGACAACGUCACCCACGGCUUCGGCACGGCCGUGCUGGACGUGGCCUUCGACAUGAUCGAGAAGGUCAUAGACAAGCAGAUCCGGGUGCUGUCGGGGAGCCCCGAGCCCGAGGACUCUCAGCAGGAGAAGCGCGUGCGAAAGCGCAAGGCCAGAGCCGCGCCCGGGGACGGCGAGGCCAAGCCCAGGACUCCCAAGGCCCCCAGGGUCAAGGGCGAGGGCAAAGCCAAAGCGGCCAAGAAACAGCAGCUCCUAGUACCCACCCCGGAGGUGGCGGUAGCAGCAACGGCAGCGGAGAUGGGAGUGGGGGUAGGGGUAGGGGUCGGGGUCGGGGUUGUGCAGGACACGCCCGCCGACAUCGAGAGCAGCGUCCUCACCCUCGUUUCCGUCGGUUACGAGGCCAUCUCGAGCGGACUGUGA